GAGCGCAGAGCACUUUCUCAAGCGCCGCGCGUUUAUACAGCGACUCGCGCGGACAUGCCACGCACCUUCUGAGUGGGACUUCACGAGAAAACUCUGACUCUGCCUUCGGAGUAUUGGCAAAGGGAUAACAGCCGAUUUAUAGCUUUCGAAAGUGGAAAGAUCGGCGCUGACGCACAGUACGCCACAAUGCAGGAAUCUGAGCCCAGCGUGUGUCAGCUGCAGCCCAACAUCAUCUCUGUUCGCCUCUUCAAAAGAAAGAUUGGUGGGCUGGGCUUCCUGGUCAAACAGCGGGUGUGCAAGCCGCCCAUAAUAAUCUCUGACCUCAUUCGGGGCGGAGCCGCCGAGGAAUGCGGGCUGGUCCAAGUCGGUGACAUCAUCCUGGCCGUCAACAACAAGCCUUUGGUGGACAUGAGCUACGAGCUGGCGCUGGAAACCUUGAAGAACGUGUCGCCAGAAACUCACGCCGUGCUGAUACUCCGGGGACCGGAGGGCUUCACCACUCACCUGGAGACCACGCUCAGCACAGACGGGAAACCCAGGACGGUUCGCGUCACCAAGCCGGUCAACCCCACUCCGUGCAGGCCCUGCGAACGAUGCUCGCCCGACAUGACCAAAGAGCUCAGGGUUAUCGAGAACCUGUCAUCAGACACCAAAAAAGAGAGCAAACCGCUCAUUCCACUGCUGGCCCAGGACUCUCUGCUCAGAGAGGGAGGCCAUUCCACUCUUCUCCUCAACGGGGUGGAAGACAACAACAACCUGCUGAAGGAGAUCGAGCCAGUGCUGAAACUCAUCAGGAACAGCAAAAAAGACAUCAAUGGAGACGGUCAGAGAGUCGUAGAGAGGAAGGAUGCUGAGGUGCAGGUGGAGAGAGACCUUGAUUUGGAAAACGGACAGAAUGCCCAGCUGGCGUCGGAUAAUGACAGAGUGUUUGAUGACCUCUGGAGAAAGGACAACAUGCCUACAGUGCUUAACAACCCUUACUCUGAGAGUGACAAGCCAGAAUCACAAGGAAGAGUUUCUCCCACUGAGACUGUGCAGAACGGAAGUCCCUCCAAAUGUCCAAGAUUCAUGAAGAUGAAGAACUGGGAAACCGGAGCGGUUUACAACGAUGUUUUACACAACAACUCAGACAAGGUGCCAAUCUGCACUGAGAGUGUGUGUAUAGGUUCUAUUAUGAUGCCACAUCAGCACAGUCGCAAACCAGAUGAAGUGCGAACGAAAGAGGAACUGCUGUCGCUCGCUACAGAUUUCAUCGACCAGUACUACACAUCGAUCAAAAGAUGUGCCUCCAAGGCCCAUGUCGACAGAUUGGAGGAGGUCAAAAAAGAGAUUGAAACUUCAGGAACCUAUCAACUGAAGGACAACGAGCUGAUCUAUGGUGCCAAACACGCAUGGAGGAAUGCAGCUCGCUGUGUGGGACGUAUCCAGUGGUCCAAACUACAGGUUUUUGAUGCUCGAGACUGCACGACCGCUCACGGGAUGUUUAAUUACAUCUGCAACCACAUCAAAUACGCCACCAACAAAGGGAACCUCAGAUCGGCUAUCACCAUCUUCCCCCAGAGGACGGAUGGAAAACGCGACUUCCGUGUGUGGAACGGACAGUUGAUCCGCUAUGCUGGUUACAAGCAGCCUGAUGGAUCCAUACUCGGAGAUCCAGCCUCACUGGAGCUUACAGAGAUCUGUGUUCAGCAAGGCUGGAAAGCUCCAAAAGGCCGUUUUGACGUUUUGCCGCUUCUUCUCCAAGCCAACGGGAACGAUCCUGAGCUCUUUGAGAUACCAGAUGAUCUUGUGCUCGAGGUUCCCAUCAUCCAUCCAAAGCUCGACUGGUUUAAGGAUCUGAAUCUGAAGUGGUACGGUCUUCCUGCUGUGUCUAACAUGCUGUUGGAGAUCGGUGGGCUGGAGUUCACCGCCUGUCCAUUCAGCGGCUGGUACAUGGGCACUGAGAUCGGCGUCAGAAACUUCUGCGACAACUCACGAUACAACAUUCUGGAGGAAGUAGCCACGAUGAUGGGUCUGGACACGAGGAAGACAUCGUCCUUGUGGAAAGACCAGGCGCUGGUGGAGAUCAACAUCGCUGUUCUUUACAGCUUUCAGAUGACAAAGGUUACCAUCGUAGAUCAUCACUCAGCCACUGAGUCCUUCAUGAAACACAUGGAGAACGAGUACCGGGUGAGAGGCGGUUGCCCGGGCGAUUGGGUGUGGAUAGUGCCGCCCAUGUCAGGAAGCACUACACCUGUUUUCCAUCAGGAAAUGCUCAACUAUCGCCUCACGCCGUCCUUUGAGUACCAGACUGACCCGUGGAACACUUACGUGUGGAAAGGGGUGAAUGGAACGCCCACUAAGAAGAGAGCGAUCGGCUUUAAGAAACUUGCCAAGGCUGUGAAAUUCUCGGCCAAACUCAUGGGACAGGCCAUGGCCAAAAGAGUAAAAGCCACCAUCCUGUUCGCCACGGAAACCGGGAAAUCGCAGGAUUAUGCCAAGACCCUUUGCGAGAUUUUCAAGCACGCGUUUGACGCCAAGGUCAUUGCUAUGGAUGAAUAUGACACUGUCGAUCUAGAACACGAGACCCUGGUGUUGGUGGUAACCAGUACGUUCGGCAACGGGGAUCCUCCUGAAAAUGGAGAGAAAUUUGGUGCAGCGCUGAUGGAAAUGCGACAUCCUACAACAAGUGUGGAGGACAGAAAGACAUACAAGGUGCGUUUCAACAGCGUCUCUUCGUACUCUGACACUCGCAAAUCUUCCAGCGAUGAACCCGAACCCAAAGCUAACUUUGAGAGCACCGGACCACUCGCCAACGUCAGAUUCUCAGUGUUUGGCCUUGGCUCGCGGGCAUACCCACACUUCUGUGCGUUUGCCCACGCAGUGGACACGCUGUUCGAAGAGCUUGGCGGGGAACGAAUCCUCCGCAUGGGAGAAGGAGACGAACUCUGCGGCCAGGAGGAAUCUUUCAGAACGUGGGCCAAAAAGGUUUUCAAGGCUGCAUGUGACGUCUUCUGUGUCGGCGACGACGUUAAUAUCGAGAAAGCGAACAAUUCUCUGAUUAGUAAUGACCGGAGCUGGAAGAAAAGCAAAUUCAGGAUGACAUACACAGCAGAGGCACCGACGCUAACACAAGCGCUUUACAACAUCCACAAGAAGAAAGUUUACGGGGCCAAAUUUCUGCAGAGAAAGAACCUACAAAGCCACAGAUCGAACCGAUCGACUAUUUUUGUGCGGCUCGAUGCCAACAACCACGAGAGUUUGAAAUACAUGCCCGGCGACCAUUUAGGCAUUUUCCCUGGCAACAACGAAGAUAUAGUUACGACUCUUAUUGACAAACUGGAAGACGCACCACCUGUCAAUCAAAUCGUGAAAGUGGAAUUCCUUGAUGAGAGAAACACGGCAUUGGGUGUGAUCAGUAACUGGACGGAUGAAAGCCGCAUCCCGCUGUGCACCAUCUACCAGGCUUUCAAAUACUUCCUGGACAUAGCCACGCCCCCCAGCCCUCUUCUGCUGCAACAGUUUGCUCUUUUAGCUGCCAAUGAGAAACAGAGAAAAAGACUGGAGGUGCUCAGCAAGGGUUUGCAGGAGUAUGAGGAGUGGAAGUGGUACAAUAAUCCCACCAUCGUGGAGGUGUUGGAGGAGUUUCCUUCUCUUCAGAUCCCCUCCACCCUGCUCCUGACCCAGCUUCCCCUCCUACAGCCACGAUAUUACUCCAUCAGCUCCUCUCCACACCUCCACCCAGGCGAGAUUCACCUCACCGUGGCCGUGGUGUCCUACCGCACCAGAGAUGGAGAAGGUCCCAUCCACCAUGGAGUGUGUUCAUCCUGGCUCAACAGUCUGGAAGCUGAAGAUACCGUGCCCUGUUUCGUCAGAGGUGCUCCUACGUUCCGUAUGCAAAAAGACAGCCAGGUUCCUUGCAUUCUGAUUGGCCCAGGCACUGGAAUCGCUCCGUUUAGAAGCUUCUGGCAACAGAGACUUUAUGACAUUGAAACUAAAGGACUCAAGGCGUGCCCCAUGAUCUUGGUUUUCGGGUGCCGGCAGUCACAGAUUGACCACAUUUACAAGGAAGAGACAAUUCAGGCCAGAAACAAGGGCGUGUUUAAAGAGCUUUACACCGCAUACUCCAGAGAGCCUGGGAAACCAAAGAAAUACGUUCAGGAUGUUCUUCGUGAGCAGCUGUCUGAAACCGUCUACAAACAACUCCGAGAGGAAGGAGGACACAUCUACGUCUGUGGUGAUGUCACCAUGGCCGGAGACGUACUGAAAACAGUCCAGCAGAUCUUUAAACUGCAUGGCAACAUGUCUCUGGAGGACGCCGGCUUCUAUAUCAGCAAACUGAGGGAUGAGAAUCGAUACCACGAGGACAUUUUCGGAGUCACUCUGCGCACGUACGAGGUCACCAACCGCCUAAGAUCGGAAUCUAUUGCCUACAUCGAAGAAAACAAGAAGGAUACCGAUGAGGUAUUUUGUUCAUAGUCUCAUUUGUCGUCCAUCUCGCUGAUUUUUACUCAGAUACUCCAAUCAGAAGCAUGAGACGCCCAAUUCCAAAACUGUGCCAAAUUUGUCAAAUUUUUUGUUUUCAUUUUCUUUGCUAGUUCUCAUUUGUUGUGCAUUUCUAUGAUCAAAGUCUACAAAAUAAAGACAAGUACUCUUCAUUUCGGAAUGCACUUCAUGUGUUAUGCUUUGGUCCUCAUUACUGGCCUUUGUGCUUUCUGACCUGUAAAAGCAAAAUGGCGUUCUACGCAAACGUAUUGACCUCACUGUUACGACUCGGAAAGUAUUUGGUUUAGCCUGAAGUUUUGUGAUUCACUAGAUUAUUUUUCAUAUCGUCAUCUGUUUUGAUGUUGAGCCUUUAGCUGAGUAAACAGUCGAGUCCUUGCUAAAGACGAAGCGUGUUAUGUUCUUCCUUUUUUAAACAGAAUUUACAAAAACGCUUUUUACCACUCGCGCUGUAUGCCAUUGCUCAGAGAAUCUCAUAGGUCCCGCUUCAAACAUUAAAGUCCCUCUGAAAUCAAAAUGUACCUGAUUUACUUUGUAGAUGAUUCAUUUUUUGGUGAACAAUACAUCCAUCCAAGUAAAAAAAAGUCUUCGUAAUCAAAAUCUGAAAAUGUUCAAACAGACAUAUUUUCACAACUUUUGAAUAAAAACACUAUCAAUAUUUGGCCAUUAAACUUUUUUUUUUCAUGUCAAUGUAUCUAUCAAGCAUGCUUAAGUGGAGAGACAAAUUGAUCAUGCUUUGUAUAUUAUUGCUUCAAUAUAUGAGAGAGUGCUAAUUGCCGGCACAGUGUGACCGGGCACCUGAACAUGCCGAGGUGUCAUAAGAUGUGGUUAAGAAUCCCAUGAGACGAAGUGUAAAUAUCUGUUUUGUUAACAACCAACCCUCAACAGGGAAUAAAAGUAAUGACAUUUAAGAUAUACUCGGAUGUUCAAAUGCAUUUACGGCUGACAAAAUGACACCUGCUUGAUUUAUUGAGAUGAAAUUUUUGUGGAUUUAAAUCGACAUCUCUCGAGAAUGUGUCGGGUCACACUUGGCUUGAGCAACAUGGACAAAACCAACAUCACCAGUCAAGAAUUUUAGAAGGAUUUUUGAUUUAUGUAUAUUUUAAAGUUCCCUCUCCCCCCUCUCUGAUUCUCUUGCUUUAUAAAUUGCAGUUCUAAGUUAUUAUUUUGUUGUGAAGUCACAGUAUUCACUACAUACAGAUGGCGACCGAAAGCUGUUUGAAUGACAGGUUAAGUUCCACAAACACUGAGAUUUGAACACAUUUAUUAAAUUCAAGAGUCACUGCUAGGAGACUUUUUUUUUUUUUUUUUUAGAUUGAUACUAUUAAAGGGGCCACUCCUAAAUAUGAAUAUGCAUUUAUCAGAAACGUUUUUGGGAAUCGAUUCACAAGAAUCCCUUCUUUCAUGAAUCGUCCUUGAAACUCUGAACCUCUGUAUUUAGGAUGAAUUGACCAAAAUGUAGGGUGAUGCUCUCAAUUAUAAUUCUCUAUUUUUUCUUUUUCUGAGAUGCACUUUUACCUGAGAAAUACUGUUCUUUAAAUCCAAGCUGGAUGAAUCUGUAAAUCUGAGUUAUUGAUGUCGUUUGAAUCAUUUCCAAUUCUUACAAAGAGCAAAAUCAAUGCAACACGUCUUUUUUUGCAUGCAAUGCCUUUUUUAAUAGCUGCGAGGGGAAAUUUUUGUUUCUCAGAAUUCUUUGAGACGUGAGCAAGUUUUGAAUCUAGCUUGCCUUUGAUUUGCUUUGAAUAUUUUUUUCAUAUUUUGGCAUGAACAAUGUGAGUUUGAUUUUCUGUCGUCUUUCUGUAAGACUUGUUCUAUGUUGGUAACGCUGAAUGUUUCCUUCCUCAAAUUUGGGUUUUGCACCGUUCAAACUCUGAUACAAAAAGUGCAGCAAAAAAAAGCAAACGCACACAUGCAUAUAUUUAAAGAUACAGUGAAUAUCUAAAUAUAAUAUGUAUGAGAACUUUUUAAGAAUGUAUUUUAAUUAUGGGUAUUGUUUUUUUGUUUUGUUCUGAUUUGCUUGUAAUAUAUUACGUGAAUAUGGUGUCUUAUCUUUCCUAUUGGUUUGAGGCGAACUGAGGCGUUGAUUUGAAUGCAUGACGUUUCAUGUUCUGUUUUUCUCUCUUGAACCUGCACUGUGUCAGUUUAAAUGUUGUGAUCGCAUCCGUCCUAUGUGACCGGACGGACAAGAGCUUGCGGGAUUCUUCUUUUUUGUGUUUGUUCUUUGCUGCUGCUAACAGAAACUGUUCCAGUCAGUCUCCGCUGUGAAUCCUCUAUUGUGGAACUCUCGAAAUGUUGAAACAUUUACCAUUUUAAUGCAUAUACUGCAAAGACUUUGCAUCUAAUUAAUAAAACAUUUUUAUGUCAAAA